CGAUUCAGAGGAGCUUUAUAUAAACCAAAAGAUCGGCUGUAACUCGGCGAGUUAAAAGCGUUCUGGUCUCUUUUCGUUCUCAAAGGCUUCUAUCACGUUAAGCAAUAUGGCUGAAUUGACUGCUGAAGCCCAGCUUGUUCAAAAUAAUUUAGAGAGUGUCGAUGGGUUCCAAACCAUGUCCAAACAAGAUGCUGCAUGCGUUCCUAACAUGCAGAUGCAGCCUGAAGAAAUUGAAAGGAAAGCUCGGAUGGAUGCUGUUUGGCAGCAAAUGAAUAAAGGAGUAUCUACGAAGACCCUGUACUCCAUAAUAAACAAGCCUACUUCAGCAUCAAAUAAAACUUCCUCAAAAAAAUCGUCAAAAUCAUCAUCUUCUAGUUGGAUGACAGUACUGGGAUUGUCCCAAAAGAAAGUAUCAGAGCCUGGAAGAAGCACACCAGAAAAGUGCCUUAGGACUACGCAAAAUGAUACUAGCGAGGAGGCAAAGAAGUUUGCUGCUGCUGCUCUCUCUGCAGUAAAGGAGGCUGCCACAGCUGCUGCCUCUGCAGGCCGGGGUAAAGUGAUUACUGAAGUACGAGAUUUUGCUGGUGAAGAAGUUGAAAUAAAGAAAUAUGUUGAUGCCAACUCUGCAGAAGCACCUGAUAAAGGCAAAGGCCCUGCAGCACCUGCUUCUGCUGUUGAUAUUAUCCUUGAACAAAUAAAAAAGAAGCAGAAACUGAGUGUACUUGAUAAGACAAAGAAAGAUUGGGAGGGGUUCAAGGGAGAAAAUAGAGGCAUGGAAGAAGAGCUAGAUGCUUACAAGAAGAGUUCCAAUCAGUAUCUAGACAGGGUUGGUUUCUUAGAGCGUGCUGAUUACCGAGAAUUUGAGCGGGAGAGAGAUGCUCGUCUUGCAAUGCAAUCAAAGAGGAAACCAGAUAGUAUGAGAGAAGACUACUGAGCUCAUACCUCCAGGUUAUGCCAUUCUUGUCGAAAGAAAUGUGUAUUCUGUGGCUUUUGGAGGCCUAAACCUGUAUUAGAUUAUGAGCUUAUGCUAUCACUAGCAAAUGUUGUAGGGGUUUAAGGCGGGGUUUAUGGGCUACGUGUUCAUGAAAGUGAUGCCAGUGACCUGAGACUCAUGCCUGGAAACCUGUUCUUGUAAUUUAAUCUAUUCCCCUUUUCCCCUUAAUUCCAUUCACUAACAUUCUUUUACCCAAUCCGAUCCACUACACUGUGAUUCUCCACUUCAUUGUGUAAAUAAGUAUGGGAGGAUAUUUAUCCCCAAAAAAGAAAAAAAUUAUGGAGGAUUAGACUAAGGA